AUGUACACGGGGUUCCCGCACGACAGGUGCUUCAUGCUGUACAACGUCGACCAGCAAAAGAACAUGCACGUGGCAGAGUUCCCGGAGAUGUGCCUGUUCACGACCGCGUUCGCCGAGCAAGCGGAAAGCGGAGUUCCCACCAAAGUGGUUGUCACGUAUACCAAAGACCAUGCCUUCGACAGACCGGACCAGAAGAUCGGCCACGAAGCGCUGCACGUUUCGCUGACGCCGGAGACGGAGGGGCUGGAGCAGGUCGAGAUCACCAUGCAUUCGAGUGCGUGCGUCGGGUACAAUAUGGGCGAGAAGUACAAUAGGUGGUUCGGCGAUCGGUUCGGAUACGAAGUUCAGCUGCUCUAUAUCGGAAACAAUAGGAGGAAGGCGUUGGGAAAUAUGCCGCCAGGUGUGGCGGCUAGACAGAGGAGCGGAUUGGCCGAGACAGACGGCAACGUGCACCGAGGCAGCUCGUGGUUCAGCAGUAUCACCUCGACGGCCGGCUCGUUGGUUGGAGCCGUCAUCGGCAGCGGACAUAACAAAGAGAACGAAGAUGAGGAUUACGAAGGUGUUGAUGAAGGCCUUUCGUUUGCUGAUGUCGCGCCCUAUCUCAUCGUCAGCACCAAGAGCUGGGAGAACGCACAGCGGCGGCUGCCUGAGGGCGAGGUCAUGGAUAUCUCAAAGUUCCGGCCGAACAUCAUCGUCGAGGGCGCCCAAGAAGACUUUGAGGAGGAUUAUUGGGCCGAGCUGCAAGUCGGAAACGACACAAAGUUCAUCUUGACCCAGAACUGCGCCCGGUGUAAUAGCCUGAACGUGGACUACGCCACCGGCAAGGUCGGCGAGGGCGAGGCCGGCAAAAUCCUCAAGAAGCUGCAGCGCGAUCGCCGCGUUGAUCUAGGAGCAAAAUGGAGUCCGGUCUUUGGCCGCUAUGGGUUUUUGGCCAGGGUGCCUGAGGGCAAGUCCGCUGCGCAAAUCAACGUUGGUGAUGAAGUCAAGGUGCUGAAGAGGAACGCUGCUCGGACGAGGUUCGAAUGGCCCAAUCUAAGCACAAACUGA